UGAUCCAUAAACAAUUGAGAUCUGCCUGACGUUUCAAUUUCAGAUCUAUGGAUGGAAGGCGUUGUAGAAGAAAACUCAUCUUAGUCUUUCGGCCUAAAUGUAAUGACGGCGGCUGAUUGAUUUAUCGUAAUACUUCGAUACGAAUACUCUUCUUCUUCAAAUCUUAGUGUAGUGCCGGUGUUCAGGAAGUGCCGUUUUUCGCCCAAGUGUAAAGAAAAGGCAUAAAACUGGUGUUCGAUAAGUCACUUGGCAAUAUGCCUGCCGUCAGGGGCGAUGGAAUGCGAGGGCUCGCAGUAUUCAUAUCAGAUAUAAGGAACUGUAAAAGUAAAGAAGCUGAAAUCAAAAGAAUCAACAAGGAGCUGGCAAACAUAAGGAGCAAGUUCAAAGGCGACAAAACCCUCGACGGUUAUCAGAAGAAAAAAUAUGUCUGUAAACUUUUGUUUAUCUUCUUACUUGGUCACGAUAUUGACUUCGGUCAUAUGGAAGCUGUCAACCUACUAUCAUCAAACAAAUAUUCAGAAAAGCAGAUUGGUUACCUUUUUAUAUCUGUGCUGGUGAAUACAAACAGUGACCUGAUUAAACUCAUCAUCCAGAGCAUCAAGAAUGAUUUGCAAUCACGCAACCCCAUCCAUGUUAACCUUGCUUUGCAAUGCAUUGCCAAUAUUGGCAGCAAAGAUAUGGCAGAAGCAUUUGGCACAGAGAUACCUAAAUUGUUAGUAUCUGGUGAUACUAUGGAUGUGGUGAAACAAUCCGCUGCUUUAUGUCUUCUCCGUCUCUUUCGUAAGUCCCCAGAGAUCAUUCCAGGUGGAGAAUGGACAUCGAGAAUUAUUCAUCUGUUAAAUGACCCUCAUAUGGGUGUGGUGACAGCUGCAACAUCACUCAUAGAUGCUCUUGUUAAGAAAAACCCAGAUGAAUAUAAGGGAUGUGUAACACUGGCUGUUGCAAGAUUAAGUCGCAUAGUUACAGCAAGUUAUACUGAUUUACAAGACUACACCUACUAUUUUGUGCCAGCACCAUGGCUCUCGGUCAAGUUGUUGAGACUCUUGCAGAAUUAUACCCCACCAUCGGAAGAACCGGGUGUGAGAGGUAGACUCUCUGAAUGUCUGGAAACAAUAUUUAAUAAAGCUCAAGAGCCUCCCAAAUCUAAGAAAGUUCAACAUUCAAAUGCCAAGAAUGCUGUUUUGUUUGAAGCUAUAAGCCUUAUCAUCCACAAUGAUAGUGAACCCAAUUUGUUGGUCCGUGCCUGCAACCAACUUGGUCAGUUCCUUAGUAACAGGGAGACUAAUCUCCGUUACUUGGCUCUUGAAUCAAUGUGUCAUCUGGCCACAUCCGAAUUUUCACAUGAAGCUGUGAAAAAACAUCAAGAAGUUGUUAUACUCUCCAUGAAGAUGGAAAAAGAUGUGUCUGUGAGGCAGCAAGCAGUAGAUUUGCUGUAUGCCAUGUGUGACAAAACAAAUGCUGAAGAAAUUGUUCAAGAGAUGCUUGCCUAUCUAGAAACUGCAGACUAUUCAAUCAGGGAAGAAAUGGUUUUGAAGGUUGCUAUAUUAGCUGAAAAAUAUGCAACUGACUUCACCUGGUAUGUUGAUGUUAUACUCAACCUCAUUAGAAUUGCAGGAGACUAUGUUUCUGAGGAAGUAUGGUACCGGGUCAUUCAAAUUGUUAUAAAUAGGGAAGAAGUGCAAGGUUAUGCUGCUAAAACUGUUUUUGAAGCUUUACAAGCUCCUACCUGCCAUGAGAAUAUGGUCAAGGUGGGAGGGUACAUUCUUGGAGAAUUUGGGAACCUGAUUGCUGGAGAUACUCGUUCCUCUCCGCUGGUACAGUUUGAACUACUGCAUUCUAAAUAUCACUUAUGCUCUGCAGCAACAAGGGCUCUCUUAUUGUCAACAUACAUUAAACUUGUUAAUUUAUUCCCUGAGAUAAAAGCUCGUGUUCAAGAAGUAUUCCGGGCAGACUCUAAUCUGAGAUCAGCUGAUGUGGAGUUACAACAGAGGGCUUCAGAAUACUUACAGUUAAGCAUAGUCGCCAGCUCUGAUGUUUUGGCAACAGUUCUUGAAGAAAUGCCUGCUUUCCCAGAAAGGGAAUCUUCAAUACUAGCUGUUUUGAAAAAGAAGAAACCAGGUCGUAUCCCUGAUGAAGUCAGAGAUUCAAAAAGCCCACAACCUUCAUCAGUUCCUGCUCCAAUAAUAAAUGCUGCUAACACUAACAAUAGCUCUAGUGCAGAUCUCUUAGGAUUGUCUACCCCACCUGGCACCACUGCACCUUCUACUGGUAAUGGUUUACUUGAUGUUUUGGGUGAUUUAUACACUGCUCCUAAAAUCAGCCCCAGUUCUGUUCAACAAAAUAACAUAAAGAAGUUCUUGUUUAAAAAUAAUGGUGUACUUUUUGAGAAUGAAUUAAUUCAAAUAGGAGUCAAAAGUGAAUUUAGACAGAACCUGGGCCGAAUUGGUCUUUUCUAUGGAAAUAAAACCCAGUUUGCUAUUCAAAAUGUCCGUCCUGAACUGCACUGGACUGAUCACCACAAGCUGAAUGUUCAGAUGAAGCCCAUGGAACCUGUACUAGAAGCUGGAGCACAAAUUCAACAAAUGUUGACUGCAGAAUGCAUUGAAGAUUUUGCAGACGUACCUAGUAUGUCUAUAUCAUUUAUGUAUAACAAUGUACCACAAAAAAUUACAAUGAAAUUACCACUUACAUUGAACAAAUUCUUUGAGCCAACAGAAAUGAAUGGGGAAUCUUUCUUUGCAAGAUGGAAAAAUUUGGGUGGUGAACAACAAAGAGCACAAAAGAUAUUUAAAGCACAGGGUGCAAUUGACUUGGCUGCUGCUCGUACUAAACUUGCUGGCUUUGGAAUGCAACUGCUGGAUGGCAUUGACCCCAACCCUGAUAAUUUUGUGUGUGCUGGAAUUGUACAUACAAGAGUUCAACAAGUGGGCUGUCUCAUGAGGUUGGAACCUAACAAACAAGCUCAAAUGUUUAGACUGACGGUAAGAUCUAGCAAGGAAACAGUCUCCCAAGAGAUUUGCAAUCUACUUGCAGAUCAAUUUUAAAUAUAUUUACAGAGGACCAUAAUAACAACAACUAUGUGCGACAAUGAAAUUAAUAUAUACCUAUAUUAUGCUUAGAGAUUCACCAUUGUUUAUAUGUAAUUGCUGUGUUGCAGCACUAUCUAGAAUGUUAGCAUGAGCAAUACACUUGUGAACUUUGCACUAACACAGUACGAAGUAAAAAUCUCUUGUACAAUUUUAAUUUUAUUGUAUGAAUAAUUAUUUUUGCUAAUUUAGAAUUAGGUGUUUUGUAUACUGAGACACAUUUUAUUUUACAAACGAAAUGAAAUCCAUUUUCCUUUCAAAUCAUAAAUUUAUUAAGCUCCUCAAACCUUAUAUUUUGUGUAAAAUACUAAAGAUUGAGGCCUUAUUUAUCAACAUUUGGUUUUUUACAUAUGUAUUCACAAUAUCUAUAACAUAUAUUUUUUUUCAAUCUGGUAUUAAGAAGUUUUAUUACUAUUUUGUGUAUUACAUAUAGAAAAAUUUUGGGAGUAAUACCUAUGUAUUCUUACUUUAAACCUAUGUCAUAUCUGUAAGUCUUGGUUCCAUUGAAUCAUUUAUCAUUAUACUCAAUAUUAAAUUAUAUGAUAAAAAGCACUUCAUUUAGGUUUACUAGAAAUAUAUAUAUAAGAAACUGUCUCUACUGUUUUUCUGAUGAAGUUUAUGUAUUGUAGGUAAUGUAAUUGUACCAAAGUAGGUAAAUAAUUUGGCUGUUAUGCUUUUAUGCAUUUUGUAUGAAAAGGGAAAAUUUAUGUGCUAAUUGUAUUGGAAAUUUACCCAUACAUAUUAAAUUGCCAUCUGGGUAUUCUUCUGAAUAGUGCAUUAUACUAUUGUCUCAAAUAUUACUUGGUAAUAUAAUAUCUAAUAUAAGCAAAUAUCAUGUUAAAAUGCUAUAAUUGUUACAUAAAAUAAUGUAUAUCACAAACAAUAUAAUUUUCUUUGAUUAGAAAAUUCUGUGUUUGCUUGAUUUUGUAUUAACUAUUUAUGGUAUUGUUAUUACUAGAUACCUAAAAAUAAAUGCAAGUAGAUCUCGCUUUAUAUUCCAAUCAUGUUUAAUAUCAGAACUAUGAUUUUGAAACAAAACUGAUUUUUUUUCAUGACAUUCCUAAGAUAUAAGAAUAUAAAUGUUCGACUAAAAACAAACCUACAAAUGUCUGCAAUAUAUUUUAAAUCUUUGUAAAGUUGGCCGCCAAAAGUGUGGACUCACCAACCAAACAGCGGAUGUGCUGAAUCACAGACGUAAAAUUAAUGAUAAUGAAAUUAAACAUACGUAAUGUCAAGAAAAUGGUAGCUUUGUCUAUGUGGAAGAAGAUAUAUUGAUUAGAAGAUUGUAUAAUUUCAUUUAACUCAUUUGCGCAUGAGUUGACUAUACGAAUCUCACGGCACUAGAUGAUUUUUUUUCUUAUAUAUCAUGGAAUAAAUAGGUAUAGAGUAGAGUUACACAAUCUAGUAUUAUGGACAUGAAAUGUUGUUAUCAAAUCUUUAGCAUACUGAAUAUUGCAUGAUAGAUUUGGUUGAGAUCAGAAUAAUAUAUAUAAUUUAAAACAUUAAUGUAUUCAUCUUGUUAAGAAAAUGCUAUAACUAUAUGUAUAUUAUGAGAUUUAUUAGGGCAAUGUUUAGAUGCUUACUUGGUAUAUCAUAAUGUACAUUAUGUAUGAUGUGAUUUAUCAAUAUGUACAAUAUUGCAUGAGAAAUUUGAGUGUGAAUCAGUUAUAGAAAUAGAUGUUUGUUCUCGUGCUUCAAAAUAUUGUAAUUGUCUUAAAUAAAUAUUUAUCCGAUAUAUAUUA